GUUUCGUGGGGUGUUUUAUUUGUGUUUAGAACCAGUUGCCACUUGGAGAUGAUUAGUAGUACUGGAGGCUGACCUCUCCCAAGGACUCGCCAGCCUCCCAGAUGACUGUGACGGAUGCCUGGGCACCGGGGGAUGGAUGUAAGAGUUGGAGCUCUGUCUCUCCAUUGAGGAUGUAUGCAGUGGUGAAUGAUCAAGGUGCAUAAUGGCAGUGGUAAUUGAAAAAUUUGGAGAGAUAUCAAAACUCACUGAUGAGAAGUUGAAGGAAGCUCUGCAAAACUUAGGUGAAACUAUAGGACCCAUAACAUCAUCUACCAGAGAAUUACAUGAGCGUCUGUUAAAGAGGAAACACGAGGAGAAUUCGUUUGAGAAGAGUGAUAAUGAUGUCGAUGGUGGUAUGGGAUCGGGGAAGAGCCAGAAAAUUUUUGCCGAGGACAACUUUUCAUCUGCUGACCAACGCAACUCUGAGGCUCAUGUGUAUUUUGGUGUCUAUGUGCCAGAUCCUGUUGAUGAUGCUAAUGAUACAGAUUUUCAGAAAGUGUACUUGGACCAAACAGCAUGUCUGGCUGCGAUGAAAAAGUACCGGGGUUCGCGAUUCAAAUCAUUCGGGACAUAUGAUGCAGCACUGCAGUUUGCAGAAAAUGGUCCAGAUGUAAUUGUGUCUCAUGGUACUGCUUCAGGGGAGGACGGGGGACCAUCUUCAAGUAUCAAUGCAGAAAAACCCAGUCCCUUCCGUGGACCCAAAUCACAAGACCUGGUCAAAUUUCGAAAAGCUAUUGAAAAGUGUGAUAUGGAUUACUUCACUCAGUGUAUAGAUGAAAACCCGAGGUACCUGGUUAGCAGCGGUGACACCCCAGCAAUUCUGCAGGAAGGUUUUCGUUACAAUGCUCUCCAUGUGGCCUGCCGCACAAACAGACCCACUUUUGUCGAAAAGGUGUUGGCUACAGUGUCGCAAGCUGAAUUUUUCCAGAAGUUGUACCCUGAUGAUGCCUUAGAAAGCUCUGAAAGACGCAGUAGCUACCUGUUAGACCUGUACCUCAACACCCCCGAUAAGGGACUUAAUGAGACACCUUUACACUUUGCCAGCAAGCAUGGCUGCGUGGAAUGUGUCCGUAUCUUGACCACUUACCCGGCAUGUAACAAGUCCAGGAAUAAUAAGUUCGGUCAGAAGCCAAUUGAUAUUGUUUGUUCAAGAAUGAAAGAAAAUAAUUCCAUCGUGGCAAAAGAUAUCCAUAACCUGCUUGGGGAUCUGUACUAUGUGCCACUUUACCGUGAUGAUGACCAUUGCCUCUUGCCACAAGUGGGGACUCCAUGGUCACCAAGUUUAGACAUGCCAACUAGCCCCAUCAGCCAAGAUCAGUUGCUUACAACCUUUCAAAGUCCUAUUAGUCCAUCAUUAAAGGUACGGGGAUAUGCAGGUCCAAUGAGUCCCACACAAGCAGAGGCCUUUCAUCGCCUCUGGAGAAGCACUUCUACAUCAUCACCCACACCUCGCUCAAGUAUUCGCAUAGCAUCGCUCCGACUCACAGAUCAAGACAAGGGCUUGGAAAGACUGGGCAGAAAAUUGGCCGCUGAAAAGGAUGUAGGGUGGAAUGAGUACUGGGAUUUCCUGGGUGAAUUUGCUAACCUUGCCACAGAUGAGGGACUACUUAAGCUGGAAACUUAUCUCAAACAAAAGUUCAAGCAGCUGCUGAUGGAACGAGGUGAAUUGGAUGUCACCGAUCUGGCCAGAAGGUUAAUAGAGGAACAAAAUGCGGGUGAAAAUGUGCAGGAUACUAGUCAAGAACUCCAAGAGGAGUGUUGUGAUAAUAAGCUGUACUGCCCGAAUAUCAGCACUUCCAGUAGAAGCACAAUGAGUGAGCUGUGUCAAGACUUGGAAGCACUGCGGCUCAAUGUUUCCCUCUCGCCACAUUGUCAUACACCGAGCCAAGAUAUCAUUAGUGCCAGCAGUAAAUUUCUAGAGUCCUGCAGACAUAAAGAAAUUAAACCUGAAAAUAGUCCAAAAGUAGAGAAAAUAGCGGAGGUAGAGCAAGAAACUGCUGGACAACAAUUGUCGUAUAUAAUCAAAUCCGUUGAUGUGGCUUCUAACCGACUGGCUGAGAUCAUGGGUGACCUAGCCAAAGAUCUUCAAUCAAACACUGUUGCUAACUUGUACAUUGCUAAAACAGUUCGUACGAAGCUGAAGCCGGAAAUUUUAUGCUUGAAGAAUGUUGUUAGCAAGUGUACCAAAGAACUGAAAGAUGAUAUAAACUUAAGUUUCAUUCACAUUCUGUUAGCAACUAAAGUUACUGAAAGUAUCCAGCAGAAUCUGAUGCCUUCUGAUAUAUGUGUGUUAGCAGAAACGAUGAAAACUUUUGUCUCUCAUUUAAAUUUUGUGCAACUAGAUUCAUCUGAUGAAGAAGAAACAGCAAAACCAAAUGCCAUCAUUGUAGAAAAGCUUGGUAGUGCACAACACUGUACUUGUGUGUUGCAGUGUCUUGAUAAAGCUCUAAACAUUGCAUAUAAUAACUGUAGUAUGGAAGAUAAUGUAGAUAAUAAGAAAAACAUGAAGCUAAGUUUGAUGCAGCUGGGAGAAUGUACUUGUCGUUGGAACGUGACGGCAAGCGCCGCUUACUCUGCAGAGUCCAAACCUCCGUCAGUCGUUACCACAAAGUAUACAAAGGCCUUCAGAUACCUUCAUGAAACACUCUUCAGUGAAGCGAAGAGAAGUGUGAAGGCUAGCAGCCGUCACGAGGACAGCGUUAUCAAGCAGUUAACCUUUACCGAAGAGGAAGAGGAGGAAGGGAAUUAUGCCAUAAAUGUGAUACAGAGCGUGAGCAGAGGUGACAAGGAAGGUGACGAAGAAGACGUUGGAGCAUGCACAACAACAACACCUCCCGAGGAAGGUGCAGAACAAGACGAUGAUAGCGACAGCUUUGCAACAGCAGCAUCUACUAUUGAAGAUUUAAUGGUCACCCCAGAGGAAGGUGUCAAAGUUUAUAUUAAUGGUGUGGAAGCCAGCAAAGUGGAUGUUGACGUGCUGGCAGCUAUUGGAGAAAGAGAACUGGACGAGAUGAAGUAUCCAUAUGUAUGUCAGUGGCGCCACCUAAUAUCUUCUUACUCUGAUGUACAGAGAGACAGUUGGCCAUCUCCUUAUUGCUCUCGCAUUCGUCAUUCUUCACCGGCCAACACUGCUCCGUCGAAGCUGUCACUUCCUAAUACCCCUAUGAGGCUCCGCAAUCUCUGGAUUCCCUCUUCAACUCCUCGUGUUCUUUUUGGCAAGAUGGCUGUUCAUCCAGGGACAUAAUUUAUUUGUUGAGAAAAGGUUUUUUUUUUCCUCUUGAAAAUAUAUACAAAGUGUGCAUUUACCAUGAUUAAAAACAGUAAUAUCCCAUAACCAGGUACAUAAAUCAUUUUUAUUAUAACUUGAAGAAAAAUCAGAUGUUGUAAUAAGUGCUUCUUUGACCAUAUAUAUAUAUACAGUGUGUUUUGGGGUGAAAUUUUAUAUAAAUUGAUUUGCUGAUUUAGUUAAUUUAGUGUCUUAACAUUGUUUAGAAAUUAUCAUUUAGGUUAGGUUUAAAUUAGCCUGAAAUUUUUUAAUGAACUCUUCUUCUUUUGAUUAUUUUUAACCAGAACAAUAAACAAAGUAUUAGAGGUCGGUAAGCAUACCACCAUGAGAACUGGAUAAGCACCUCCAAAGGAUACCUGAUCAACCAGGCUGUGACUCAUACGUCAGGCUGCGAGCAGCCGCGUCCAACAGCCUGGUUGAUCAGUCCGGCAACCAGGAGGCCUGGUCGCCGACUGGGCCGCGGGGACGCUAAGCCCUGGAAGCACCUCAAGGUAACCUCAAGGUAACCUCAAGGUAACCAUGGCUAAAUUGUUAGAAGUAAUUUAUAAUUUUCAAGUCCGGAGAUUAAGAGCUGACUUGAAUGAUGUUUUCGUGAGCAAGGGAUGGAGGUAGGGGUUAUGUCUCCAUGAGCAGGGAAGGGGGUGAUGUUUUCAUGAGCAUGGAGGUAAUGUCUCCAUGAGCAAGAGAUGAGUUAUGGUAUCCUCAUAAGCAUGGUGUAUGGGUUAAGUAUAGAAAUGCCAAGAAAAAAGAGUAGAAUUUAAAAGUGGAUGAUGUUUUACCUGUAAGGGCUUUACCAAGUCUCACAGAUACACACGGGGCUAGUGUUUAUAAAAGGGGCAAAAUGGGGUCAGGUGCGGUGAUGUGAAUUAAAAUGUUUUACAAUUUAUGCUUGACAUUUAUUUGCCAUUAGGGGUAAAGAUCACAUUUCCUUCAUUCUAUUCGAUGGUCUAUUGUCUUCUUGGCAUUUCUCUAUAGCAUUGUCAGCAUGUUUUGUUCUUUGCUACCAAUUUAGGUGCCUUAUUUCCCAAUAAAAUAUGUCUUCAGAAACAAGGGACUUCAUCAUGCUUUGCUUGGCCAAGAUGUUACUAAUAUGCAGGCAUAUGUGAGGCUUGCAGCAUGAAUACCCAUUUCAGUACUGUAUAUUGUUUCAGUAAGGGUCCUUUGGUAGUAUCCUAAGAUCCUUGCAUGUGGAAAAGUAACUUUGACACUUAAUUUGAUCCCAACUUCAGUCCCCCUCAGCUCCUGGGUAUAACCCUCUCAUAUUGCACAUUUGCCAUCCCAGGCACACUCUAGUCUUUAAUGUGAGUCACACUAGCAUGUCCGAACGGUAGAGCAACAGUGUCGCAUCAUGCAGGUUGGCGUUCAAUCCCCGGCUGUCCAAGUGGUUGGGUACCCUUCCCCCCCACUCCCACCCCCAAUGGCUUGUCAAAGAUCAUUGGGAUGACCUUUGACAAGUCACCGGCUUCCUGUUCCUGUCGAGGCCACUAUGGGAUGAUAGCCCUCGGGUAAAUGGAGGCAAAUAUAAUCUGGCCACAUGUUGCACAACACUGCUAUGAAAUGCCACACAGCUGCUAAAGAACUAUAUAAUAUAUAUACACUGAUACAAGACCUGUAAUGUGCCUAUUUAUUAAGGGAAAUUGGUAAAGAAUUGACAGGACUUGCAUCAUUUUUAUAGUAAGUGCAGUAAAUGUAAUUUAGAUACUAUAUUUUUAUGCGAUAUUAGCAACUAAAAAAAUUUUGGCUGGAUUUGGUUAAGCAUAACAAUUUUGUCUUGUAUAUGUUAGGUAUUUUAGUGACAUGCAUACUUUUAACAUAAUGAUCCCAGAAAUAAUGAAAAUUAGUAUCGUACAUUGGAAAGUCUUUCGGUAGUGACGUUUAGUACUCUUUUUAUUCGUGAAGGAUUCCUGAAUUGUGACCAAGAAACAAUAAAGCAGCUUCACACAAGGCUGUGACGUACUCAAUAGAAUUAAUAAAUGAUUUGAAAAUCACUAAUAUUGUAGCUGAUAUACAGUAUGUUUCAAUAAAUGUAGAUCUUUCUGUAUUCUUCAGUUCCUUUCUGUAUUCUUCAGUUCUGUACUGUAAUUUGCUUUUGUUGGAUUAAUGGAGAUUUGAAUAUUGUUUUUGUAAUAAUUAAUCUCUUUUAUUUGCAAAAGGAUUCUGCUAAUUCAUAAUUAUUGCUUGAGGAUGGCUUUUGUAAUUACACUUCUUUUUUAAUCUGUCGAAAAAAGUCAAGUUUCUUUUAUGGUUUAUUCGUUUAGAAGAUAAUAAUAAUAAUUUUUUAAUUACUUUUUUUAUAAGGUGACUUAUGCGGCUUGGCAUCAUCAUCUACACAUGAUGUUAGUAUUGGAAUUAAUAUUAGAUAAAUUGGUGAUGCUUUCCUUAUUACUGGUACUGUGUAUCAUGUUUACCUCUGGAGUGAGGCCACUCCAGACCAGGCCGACACCAGAGCGCAACUUCAUAGUCUUCUGAGACUGAUGGAUGCCUACUAGUAAUAUCAUAUUGAACUUUGCCACCACCAAGAUCAUAUAGUCUUUGUUAUAGGAAUUCGUGGAUUUCUAUGCUUUUUUAAUCACAAGCCGUGUUGACCCUUUUACCUUCAUAAUGGUGCGGUAUUGAGAGGGUUAGCAUUAUCAACUUUUCACAUGAAAAUCCACUGAUUCGCCCAAGAAUAUUUGCUUCGAAGGCUGGUGCUCAUUUGCUGCUAUUCAUAAUAUCUGUAAUUUGAACAUUCUUUCUGCUCACUAAUUAAUAAUAUGACCUGACUUUCUUCAUUUGAUUGUUCACACAAUAUGCGUGUGAUCCUACUUAGGAAUGAUCAAUAGAUGUCUUUGAGAUAUGUCAUAAUUCUGCAGCUAAUUUAAAAACUUGACAUGUGAGCAAUUGUAUUUAGUACAGUAUAAUAUGUUUCAUAUUAUUGUAUGAUCUUCAAGUUUGAGUUUCUGUAGGGAACAUGCAUAGUGUAUGUACUACUGGUCCCCCCCACAUGAUGCGGCUCGGGGGAUCUAUGACAUUAUAUCGAGUCUAAUAACAUGAUAGAUAUAAGAACCUAGGUUAGCAUUACUCCUGUGUAGCAUAAGAUAAGAAAUAUAUACAGUAUAUAUAUAUAUAUGUAUAGUAUAUAUAUAAUUUAUAGAAGAAACUAUUUUAUUCAUAUCUAUUUAGCUAUAAGGAUUAAAGCUUCGAAUGUGAGUGCUAUUUCCAUGUCAUUUAAGACUGUGGAUCCAACCAUAAUUAAUAACCCAGGCAUUAAAUUUGUAUAUUAUAAAUUUACUGAUAUGUGCAAGUGGUUUAUUUUUUUUUUUUUGUAUUUUGGUGAAACAUAUUGCAACCAUCAUAUUUUCAUUAUAUUCAAUUUCAUUUCAAGAUAUUAAGGGGGCAUUUGAGAUAGAGGUGAAGUGCAUAGCUUUUGCUUUUGUAUUUCUGUAUGAAGAUGUUGCUUCUGUUUUGGGGGAUUUAAUGUUAGAUUGUGAUUUUUCCGAGAUGGGAUGAUCGGUUGCAAGCAAGUCAUUGCUAAUGGUGUAUUAGAACUUUGCUCUGGUUACAUAUUAUCACCAGUGCGGACUCGACUCUCUACUCUUAAGUUGAUAGUGUCGUUUAGCCACAUCAAAUUAAGGUUCAAAUUUGGGCAGUUUUUUUUAUAGAUUUUUCAAGUGAUUGAAGGAAUAAAAUAGGAAAAUGAUAAUUAGAUUUACCGUAUAGGAGUAAGAAUUCAAAUAUUACCAUUACUUGAAGUGCAAUACAGGACAGUAAAAGAAAAUUUCAAGACAAAAUUUGAAUAAGAUCAAAUGUCAAAUUAGUUUUUAAGUUGAUUAAAAAAAUGGGAGUAACGAAUUUGCUAAUCCUUUUAUAUGAUGCAAAUUAAAAUAUAAAUUUCAGUUUUUAAAUUUAAUUAAGAGUAGGUUUUCAUUAAAAAAAAAUAUAAUUUCUGCAAAAAAAAUGUAAAGUGUUUGCCAUUCUCAGAAAUAUCAUCUAGCAUAAAAUAAUAAUUAAGAAACGUGAAACACAAUAUAUAUUAUAGACAUAUUUUUAUAUUUUUGUAAUGUACAAAUUGUAAUACAGAUUUUGAUUACGAUUUUCAGUUCUUUAUAGGAGUAGAUGUUUUUUUUCGAGUAGCGAUAACUAAAAGUUCAAAAAUGACACAGUGAUACAUAUAAAUAAGGUGUGUAAUUAAAGCAAAAAGCAUUCUUUGGUUUGCCACAGGGAAUAGUAAACUAUUUACUGAGCCAGAAACUACUCUUUGCUGAGCCAGAGUAAACCAAGCUUACUCUUGUGUUGAUAUGCAAGCAAGACCACUCAGCGCCCAAUGAUAUGAGUGAACAUUUGAGCAGCAAUCUAAUUCUUAUCAUCAAACACUGCUAAAUUACCGUAUAAUGCACAUAUUUGUAUAAGUACUACUACAUCCAAAUAUUAGAUAAGCUUGUGUGUGUGUGCACAACUGCUAGUAGACAUGUACAUGCUCCAAGAAAUGCUCCAACACAUACAAGUGCUCCAAUACAUUUAUAUAUUCCAACACAUACUCAUACAGUACUCAAUAUGUAUUAAUGUUGUACAUAAACACAUCUUUCACGAUUAUGUGGGGGGUUCGUGACAAGGCAUAGGGGCUUGCACAAAUAGAAUAAUACAGUACUCGGUGUGAAAUAAGUUGAGAAAAUCAAACAAAAUUACAUUGAAUUGCCAGUACAGAUGUGUUCUUUUGUGAUAAGUAUUGAUGGAUUACUGUGUUACUUGCAGUGUGAUUGGUGCUACUUACAAUGUGGGAGAACUUUUAAGUACAUUGCUUCUUCCCAAUGGCUCUUGUCCCUAAAUAUAAAUAAUUUUUUCAAAAUUCUUUAAUUUUGAAUGAAAUAGUUGUAUGUAAUACCUAGCAUGAAUAGUAGGCAAUUAUUAAUUUAGUUUUGAGGUACAGUAAUUUUUAAAUAAAAUGCAAAGAUUUGACCAUAUUUUCAUAACAUACCUUUUUACAAAAUUGCCAUCCAUUAUAUGGGAAAGAAACUGUUUUCCGUUUUUAUAUUUAACGUUGCAAUAUAUGUGAUCUAGUACUGUAUAUAGUAAGUAGUAAUUUAAACUUCUGGAAUGAAUGUAUGUGUUUUUUUAUACGUGGUUAUUUAUUUGGCAGUGUGUGGCCGGUUUUUGUUUUGUUUAUAAGCGCAGUUUAGUGCAACAGUUAAGUAUAGUAUCAAUACAUCACCCCCCCCCCUCCUAUUUUUGUUUUAAAACAGUUGAAAAUGACAAAUUGAUGAAAAUUAUGGCACUUCUGUUUGCACUUGCAAAAAUAUACUCUCUUGCUUUUCUGCAUUAUAAAUGAAGCUCAUGCACAUGUAUGAACACCUUUUUCAUGCUAGUGUUGUAACAGUCACUUAUAAAAGGGAAUAUUGAGGAAAAUUACAUGCAGACAAAUUUGUAUUUCCAGUAAAUUUGAAAGAUUAGAUUGUUUAAAACUAAAUUAGAAUCGAGGAAACUCAUUGAUGGAACAAAGCAUAAGUGUUAUGGCAUAAGAACCAGAACACAACCAGUAUGAACCUGAACACAAACAGCAUAAGAAAACAGAACACAGCAUAGGAAGCAGAAUGCACAUAUUAGAUCAUUAUUGGUAGGAACCUUAAAUUACCACAAAAGUAUCACUUCAUUUUGUGAUCAUUUAAAAAACACAUCCUCACCACCAGCUCGCUCGCUCUCUCUCACCCCCCUUCAUACAUCACCACUUGCCCAGCUGUACCUCUCACCCCUAUCAUAUGUUACCACUACCCUGCUGCACAUCUCACUCCAAUAUAAAUCUAUUCAAGUCGGUGGCUUAUAUUUACCACUGGUAUUUUCAAUCUCACCACACUUGACUUUUAUUUACAUAGGAAUCUCAGUUAAUCAAAUCAUUGCUAUGUAAACCUGUAUGUACCAAGGCACACACUACACAGUAGGGCUCUAUUCCAUUGGAUGUGCUAGCUCUUCUGUGUUAGGAUACCUUCUUUGUGUUGUGUGUUAUGAUAUAUUACCGAGUGUAUUUGAUUUACUUUUAUUCUGUACAGCUUUUGUGUGUGUUGUGCAGUGUUACCCAAAAUAAAUACAGUAGUACUAGUAUUUGCCAUGUAUACUAAGUGAUAUUAUGUUAGUUGCACAUACUUCAGUUUCUUGCAUUUUAAACUGUACAUUGUGUUGAGUGAGAGAAAUAUUAUUCACAAAAUUUGAUUAUUACUUUACAUAAUGUACAAAUAUUAUGACCAAUUCAGUGACUAAUGCAUGAUGUACAAAUAUAAAAAAAAUUAUUUCUGUACAGUACUGGUAUAUGAACUGUAGCUCCGGUACGACAACCAGAAUUUUUCCUUGGUUAUCUUUUGACUACACAAAAUAUGUAAUUCAUAUAUUAAUAUGUAGUUAGCUUAAAUUAUAAUGAAUAUAAGUGAGUAAUUAAACUAUUGUUCAGUUACUGAAUUUAAAUGAACUUAAAUUACUUUUCAUGUACGGUACUGUAGUACUUCAAAUUAUAUAAUACAAAAAUUUUGCAUAAUAGGAAGGAUUUUUUCCCUAGUAGAGUUUAGAUUUUCAGAGUGAUAGGAAACUUUCCUUCCCAACAAUUUUUUUUUUAAGUAAGUCGAUAACUAAAUGCUCAGUGAAUCAGAUUAUUUCAGUAUACAUAGACAUUUGUCUGUUCUCUCAUCAGUCAUUUUCAGUGAUCUGUUUGAUAUUUUAUUAAUUUGUGAAUUGUAUAAUGCUAAACAAUGUUGGGUUAGUAAUUUGUUUGCUUAUUACUUAUUUUUGGCGGGCCUAUCAAAGGGAAAAUGAAAGAAAUUCCAGGUAGGUACAUCUGUGACAUUAUGCUAGAUGAUAAAUAAAAUCUGAAUUGGCA